AGCUCAUUUAAAGCUAAACUUUAUAAAAAUAUUAAAUUUGUGAUGGACAAAUCAGAAUUUGAAUCGAAAAUUGAGAGAAUCAAGCAACUAGAAGCACAAGUUGCCAAGAAUAAGAAGUUAAUCACCCAACAAGAGAAGGAUAUCAAGGAGAUACAAGAUUCCUCAGCUAUUAGAGCAGUAGCAGAUGAGAUAGAGACCAGAAAAAGAGCCUUAAAUCGAGCAAGAAGAAGAUUUGAGGAAAAGAAAGAGAAGUUUUAUAAUGAAGACUUAGAUAAAUAUGAGAAGAAGUUACUCUCAUUGAAAAAGAAGAAUUUGGAAGAAAAGAAGAUUGUAACGCAGCAGAAGUCUCCUUAUGAAAGCUUAAUUGUUGACUUGAUAAAAAUCUGUAAAGAUCCUGUUAAAGGAACUGUUAUGAGGGAUCCUGUCUCUUUGCCUUCAGGAGAGGUCUAUGAUGCUGACACAGCUAAAAAGAUCAGGAAGGGAAAGAUUACAACCUUCAAUGAGCCCAAAGUUCCUAACAUGUUCCGGGAGGACAAAUUUACCAACAGAUUGAUCAAGAUCGUGGAGAAAUAUGAAAAGGCAGAAGAAAAGCUAAAACCAGCGCCUGCUCCUUCCAAUAAGGAAGAAAAUAAAAUUUAA